AAAAACACUUCCGCGUUCGACCAACAAAGGUCGUGGGGCAACAGCCACCAGUGGCCGCCGUGGCUGGGCAGAAACUGCACGAAAGAGGAGUGGAGGCUCGGAGCAGGGGUUGUGCGAGACGAACACGCAUCAUCUACUGGAAACGCAAAGCUUAUCCAUCAGACAAUACCACCCCGCCCCGAGCGAUGACGAUCGCGUUGUUGAUCCGGAGGCUCUUGGUGCUGGUGAUACUGGCGUUCCUCCUCCUGACCGGCAUGAGGGGGGGCAUGAACAGAGGAGGCCACUCCCCGCCUGAGGCCGACGACCACAGCGGGGAGCCCUUUCAUCAUCUUCCGCUUCCGUGGCCGACCUCCGCCGCCGCCGCCCCGACUUGUCCCGCCGCUGGCGGUGGCAUGAUGAAAGAUAUCACACCCCCUGGACCGAUGUCCGAAGCUCGAUAACGGUAAGAGGAGAGAAGAAAUGGCACCCCCCUCUUAGACCGACUUUCAAAGUUCGAUUGCUCCACAUGCAAGAUUGUCUGUGCCGUACCGAAUACCGUACCGUGGUAUUCCGUGAGAGGCGUAGAGAUGGCAACCUUCCUAGGCCGACUUUCAAAGUUUGAUUGCUCCACAACGGACGGGGCGCAGAAAGAGCUCGAAUAUUCUACGAAAAUCCCUCGACGAGGCAUGUCGAAAACCAUUUUGGUGUUGGCACAGUGUUGCGGAGCAAUCGAGCUUUGAAGAUAAGUCUAAGGGGGGGUGAUGCCGUCUCCCCGUCUCUUGCGGUGCUCCACGACGAAGAAGAGGAUGCGAAAAUGAAACAGUCCCUUUUCGGAAAGCUCUGGAGCAGAUGGUGCUAACGCCACCGUUUUCGACACUCCCGCCCUGCCUGUUGUGGAGAAAUCGAUCUUUGCAGAUCGGUCCAGAAGGGGGCGCGAUAUCUUUGUUAUGUUACCUGCGAUACACACGUCAUAAAAUGUUGACGACAUAUAUAUUCACAAGGCACACGUCUGUUUAUGACGUUUUUUUCUUUUGAUUCUCAGAGUAGCGUCGCUGUUGUGCUUCCCUCCCCCGAUCGAAUGCUUACCGGUUGACUUGGCACUAGGGGUACAAUGUGGCGGCCGCGACUAAGAAACAAACCUUUCAGAAACCAUUCAGUCAGAAAGUCUCAGACAUCGAUUGGGGGAUAAAACAAGUUUUCAAAGCUCGAUUACUCCCACCACCAAGUCAAAGGGUUUUUUUCGGAAAGCUUUGAACGAGACGGUUCCAACGCCUCCGGCCAUUUUCGGCAACGUCACUGCUUUUCCUGCCGAAUAAUCGAGCGUCGAAAAUCGGUCCAGGGGGGGUGAUAUCCUCUGCAACCCACGGUAUGCUCGAAGCGGUGGUGACGGAGUACCGUAUACUAUUUCGACACAAGAUAACACACCUCCUGGACCGAGUUUCUAAGCUCGAUUCACCAACAGCCGAAAGAGUCACAGCGCCGAAAACGGCGGCGUUGAAGCCGCCUCGUCGAGAGCCUUGCGAAAAAAUAUCCUUUGACUUAGACAUCCUCUUGGUCGUGGAGUGAUCGAGCUUUGAAAGUCGGUCCAGGGGGUGUACUAUCUUGUGUCCAAGUAUACGGCGCAAUCGCCUCCAUCCCGAGCACGCCGCUUCGAGAAACGGAAACAAUCCACCGAAAAACCGCUCAUAUACCUCCUCUUCCUCGCACAACACCGGAGAGGGACCCUUACCAGGGCGGCCUCAAAAAAAUAAAUUGUGGGCCUACAGCAGCAGAAAGCACGACGGGAUACUGUACCAAGGGCUGCUUCGCUUGAAGGUAUCGCUCCUCUGCUCCUUCGACUAUUCAUUCGUCAAGGAACCAAAAACUACCAACUACCUCCUCCUUCCCUCGCGCACCUACCUACUACUACACCACCAACAACAACUACUCCGUCUCUCGUCGUCGCUCGCGCACCUGUCGACGCUGGGGU